UCUGUCACUGUCAAACCUAGUAGGCACCUGACCUACUUGAUUGUAGGUUUAUAAUUGUAAAUAAAUUUUAUUGCUGAACCUACGCUCCAAACUCUAGUUUACUCCUCUUUUUAUUUUUAUAAUUGAAACCAUUAUCUAGGAAAUAUAUAUAUUGUAUAGAUCUUCGUAAUUCUCUUAAUUGAUGCAAAGACCCCGUCCUAUUUAUUAUUUUGUCUUCCAUUUUGCAUUGUAAAGCUUGAAGAAAUGUUUGAAUCUGACGAUUAUGAUCAGAUUUUGUCCCAGUUAGACUUUCCUAAUUUGCCUAGACAGAGUGAAUCGAAGAAACCUGAACAAGUAAAUUCUGUUUUAAUAGAAAAGUCUCAAACUCAAAAUGUAAAAGAGAAAAAUGACCAUGAAACAAAUUCAAGUAACACUACGGAUUCACAAACUGUAUUUAUAAACAAUUUAAAUCCACAACCAAGGAAUAAUUCACCAUCCAUACCACAUUCAAAAAAUUGUGAAUCAAAGAAAGAAGUGUCUCCAAAGCAUUCAAAACGUAAAAUAAUUGAUUCACAUUUUGAUUACAAUACCAAGAGGAAGUUUCCAGGACCGGCAGGCCUUCUCACAGGCAGCCUCCAAGAAAGUAAAGAUGAGUCUAUCUGUCAACUAGAACUUUUUUCUCAGGACAUAGAAUUUUCACAAAACAGCUUGAAACGGGGACUGUUUGAUUUGCCAAUGUGGAUUAAGCUCCAGCAAGACAUUGUUCAAUGGAACCUUAGUGAAGUAGAUACAAUUAAAAGCAUAAAACAGAAAGCACUUGCUGGAAACCUCCGCAGAAGAAAAGCACAGACAGUCACAGCAUUUGUAGAAACAAUAGAUAGAUCGGCAACAGAUCCUCUUAUUGUGUUGAGAGACACUACAGGUAAUAUCAAAUGUACACUUCACAGAGAUGCAUGGUGUCUAUUUUCCUCCUACCUCAUAGCAGAGCAAUGUGCCUUAGUUUUAUGGAAACCAACAAUUCUCACAACAGGCAGUGCCUUCAAAAAACAUUAUUUAAACAUUACUCUAAGUAAUAUUUAUGCUAUCUUCAGCUCUACAACAUCACUAGAUGAUUCAGAAAGAAAUGUACCUGAACAAUAUGCAAUAGACAGUGGAAAUGAUUUUAUGAUUAUAAGAAUAAGGGAAAGUCCAAAAGAUUUAAGUAUAAAUAUAGCAAACAACAGUGACACACUAAAUAAUGAACAAAAUUUAUUAGAUGACUUAGAAAAUAUAUUUUCUGAUGAUAUAUUUUGAUGAAUCACAUUAUCCACAUUUUUGUUUAUUGCAAUUUAAAAACAAUUUGAUAUAAUAGUCAGUUAUUUUGUUCUGAAUUUUGAUCCAGUCAUGAUUGUAUAAUUUGACCUUUAAGUACCAUGUGUACAUUAAUUAAAAUAGCCUAAAUUUUAAUUAGUCUGUGAUUUAUGUAAUAGUGUUGCCUAUGAUGAUAUAUAUUCUAAGAGUAAAAUAAAAGAUAUUUAAAUAUU